UAAGUACACAAUGAACGCUAUUGUUGCUUUGAUCUCUGCUGUCAGCGUCUUCGCUGCCUCCGCUGCUUUCGUUGACUUUGGCGCUGCCGACCUUGGCUUCGCUGGCCUCCAUGGUGCCGGUGCUCUCGUCAAGGGUGUUCACCAUGGCGCCCAUGUUGCUCACUUCGUCGCCGGUGGUGAGGUUGUCGAUGGUCUCAAGUGCGGUGCUCACUUCUCCUGGGUUGCUCCAGCUGGCAAGGCCGUCAAGGAAGUCUUGGCUUUCUCUCACUGCAAGAAAGGUGGUCUUGUUUUGUUCCAUCUUACCUUCACUGAUGGUACUGAGGGCUUCUUCCACUUCUUUGGCGGUGUUGCUGUCCCAGUUUCUCACCAUGUCUGGUUGGCUAAGCUCGCCAAGGGUGUCUGCAAGCAUGCUCCAGCCUUCUUUGGCUUGCCACAUCAUGCUCUUUUGGCUGACUUGGCUCAUGUCUUGGCUUAAGAGUCUUGAAAGAUUUAGUUUUUAGUAAUGUCAUCAUUACUCAGUUUGUUUUCAAACGCUUAAAUUUCACUGUAAUGGUUACAGUUGUGUAAUGUGAUUAUUAUCU